CCGGGACUUCACACUUCUCGCAGUUCUUGCAAUUGUACACCCUUUUGGCUGGCAAGUUCUUUUGACAGUAUGGUGGCAACCAUAGCCAUAACUUUCCUCGGGACGGCGUCUGCUCAGCCGUCUUCUACUCGCAAUCACUCGUCACUCGCUCUGAGAUUGGACGGACAUGUCUGGUUAUUCGACUGUGGAGAGGCGACACAGCACCAAGUACAGAAGAGCAAUGUAAAGAUGGGAAAAAUACAGAAGAUAUUCAUCACACAUACUCAUGGAGAUCACAUAUUCGGGCUUCUCCCUCUUCUCGCCAGUAGGCUGAACGGAGCUGGGGGAAUGGUCGAAGGCGUUGAAGACCCUCGAAUACAGAAUACAGCAUCCAGCUCGAUCAUAGAGCCUAUAGAGAUAUUUGGUCCUUACGGCACUCGUGCGUAUGUCCGUUCCGGACUAAAAUAUACCUACACGAACCUCGGCGGUCCUUAUGUCGUGCACGAGCUGCGCAUGACCAACGACCCUCCCCCGUCAGAGGACUCGAGCACCCUCUCGCUGGACCACGCAGAACUACUCACAGGCCGGAAUAUCGUCCAGCAAGCAGACGGCACCUGGCGCGACAUCUUUGCCUCGGAUAUGCUUACGGUGUCCGCCGCACCGAUACACCACUCUGUUCCCUGCGUCGGAUACGUUGUCCAUGAGCGACCUAUACCGGGAAAGAUGAACCCCUCAAUGUACGUGCCGCAUCUGAAGCGGACAGGUACGCCCAUGUCCGUGUUACGGCAGCUUCAGCGGGGUGAGACCGUCCAGUUGUCCGAUGGCACCGUGCUGCAGGGCCCAGAGCGUCGCCCCGGCAGGAAAAUUGUAAUUCUUGGUGAUACGUACGAUCCGUCACCCAUAGUGCCGCUAGCCGAUGACACAGACCUGCUCGUACACGAAGCGACGAACGCGCACCUGCCCAGUGUCGAUCCAGAUACCAAGGCCUCGGACACCUACAAGAGCGUCGAGGAAUGUGCGAAGUCAAGGGGUCAUUCGACGCCUCAGAUGGCCGGCGCAUUUGCGAAGAGAAUUGCAGCAAGAAGAUUGGUUCUGAACCACUUCUCUGCCAGGUACGCUGGGGACGACGAUAGUAACGAGAAGGCAAAAAAGGUGAUGAAUGCUCUCCGAUGCCUGGCGGAAGAAAUGUUUGGUGAAGGAAAAGAGGUCAUAUGUGCAAGAGAUUUAAUGACUCUGAAUGUUGAGCCGCGGGAAUGAGAAGCGGGGCCAGGCUUUUCGACAACUAGUACCGAACGUGACGAUACGAGUGCAGUACAAGAUAACAUAUACAAACCAUCAGACAAACGUCGCACGUACUAAGCCAAAUAUUUCUUUCCUCUUGCUCCGGCCAUGGACGCAUGGACGAACGAUAUAGAUAUCGACGGUCAACUAGACUAUUAAGACGUCACAGUUUCG